AUGAAGAAAGAAACAAAGAUACAGAGGCAACAUAACAUCAGACAAGUUUCCUAAAGAAGGAACUAAGUAGAAGAAAAUCUUCAUAUUAAAGUUUUUAAAAUUUUUCUUACAAUUUGACACAUACUUAGUACAUAUAUACCCAGAUUUGAAUAAAAUUAUGGAAUUCGAAGGCAUUGGUGCAUUGAAUCCCGGCAACGGCAAUAAUAUUCGGGUUCAGGCAACGAAAACAGUUUUGGAAGGAAACAGCAUUAUAACAUUCGGUGCUUUUCUCACUGGUCACACGGCGGAAGAUAAUGGUAACAUUGGUGGUUUCGUAAAGAUUGCUAGCGAUAUGUGGACCGUAGCAUUGCAAGCCACGACUGGUAUGCGUAGUUUCAAAGCAACGUCGCUUUCUUUCGAAAAAAAUAUUUUCAUGAAUAAAUCAUUUAUUGUGGACGCCUACGGCAUGUUCUCAAACUCAGUGGUAGAUCCUUUUUUGGAUUUACAAACUUAUCACGCUGGCUUGACAUGCACUCAUAUUUUUGGUCAUGGUAUAACGGUAAAUGGUUUUCAUGUGCCAACCACUCGGUUAAGCGGCAUUGGCGCCGUAGCCAAGGUAAACCUUUGGACCACAGAAGAAACUCAAUUGUACUUUACAGCCAAGCUGUCACGUACUUUUCCUGCUGAAUCUGCCAGUACCACAACUUUUGGUUACGGCAUCUCACUUGGUCUUAACUUCUAGAUCCUAAACGCAUAUAUAUUUAAAUAUAAAUGUGGUUUUAGGUGUUAAAAAAGGGUUAAUACAAGUAAAUGUCUGUUGGAAUUUUUUGCUUUUGUUGUAAAGAAUUUCGAACAGAAUAUUUAAAUAAAUUGUAUGUAAUGUAUCUCCUCUUAUGUCAGUAAUUAUAUGUGUACUAUUUUAACUAUUUCAUGUUUAUUUAAAUAUAUUUAUGUGGCUUUUAU